UCCCGCAUGCGUUUUACUGUACCGCUUUGCUCAUUUACACAGGAACUGAUUACUGUUCUUUCAGACUAUAUUUUCUUUCAAUUACAUGAUAUUGUGCUGAAGGUGUUCACGUCACUAAUUAAUUUAAUUAUUUAUUUUAAAAAGAUUAAUUGAAGUAUGGCACCUGGGCCAGAAGACUCCACCCAGCCGCAGGGUGGCGUGCUUGUCCGCCUCCUUCAGCUGCCCAUGGUCAGCGCCACCCGCCAGGUCCUGCAGGAGACCUACAGCAGCACAAAGCAGACGCACCCGCUCAUCUGCACCGUCUGCGGGGUCUACGAGCGCGGGGCCAGAAAGGCUGGCAGCCUGGCCGUGUGGACCAUCCAGCCGGCCAUCCACAGGCUGGAGACGCACAUUUCAGCUGUCGAUGUCCUGGCCUGCAAAGGGCUCGAUCGGCUGGAGGAGAGGAUCCCAGCUCUGCAGUACCCCCCCGAUAAGCUGGCCGCCGGAAUCGCGGAGAUGGUGACCUCCACUGUGCAGUCUGCCCGUGAGGGUAUCUCCAGGCCCUUCGCCAGUACCUCAGACAAGGCCUUGGGCGUCGCCUCCAGCGGCUACCAGCUGACCUGGAGCGCCGUGAGUGGCGGGGUGGAUUACGUGCUGAACAGUGCCCCCGUGCGGCUAGCUGGGGAAGGGGCCGACACCGCCCUUACCCUGACUGAGCACCUCGUCAGCUACCUCCUGCCUGCGUCUGCAGAGGAAAUGGAGAAGGACACGUCCUGGCAGCAGGAGUUGGACACUAGCGGGGACGCCGUCCAGCCCAGCUACAAGCGGCUAGGUUCCCUCUUUGCCGUCGUGUGCCGGCGUACGUAUGACAGGACGGCACGGGGCAUGCAGCACACUGGCGCUCGGGGGCGUGACCUUGCCCUCAGCAUUCCGGGGGUGUCCCCGUUGGCUGGUUUCACCUGGAGGAACCUAGAGAAGGCUGGGGGCUUGGCUCUUGGCCUCCAGAACUCGGUGGUGGGGCUGGUCACUGGGACGGUGAAGCAGAGCAACAAGGAGAAGAGGAAGAAGGAGGGCGAGCUGCUGAAGCUCCCUGGGCCGAGCGCAGAGGAGGGGGCAGAAGCUGUCCCCCCCAGCAAGGGCAACGUACCCCGUGAUCAGGUGUCCAACGGCAGCGCCCAGGAGCAGAAGGAUGACACGGGAGACCCCGGUGGCGAGGAGGGGGGCUCAGCCAGACCCUACGGAGCCAGGUGGCAGUCCCACCAGCAGAGGGCGCCCGAGGCGAAAGGGUCACAGGGUGGCCCCCGCCCUGCCAGCAUGCUCCCACAGCCGGAGUCUGGGCGAGUCGAGGGCACGCAUUCCCCAGGCUCUUCGCAAGUGCGCAUGCCCCCCCCCACCUCACACACCGUGGCCAAGAAGGAUUGAAGACCCUCCAGGGGGAUGGGGCAUGGGCCGGGGUGGGGGGGGGGUGUUUGCUGGAGGCUACAGGGACCCAUCUGUACCUGUACCUGGCUUCGCUCUAGCUGUGCUUUGUUCUGCAGGUCUGACAGGAGGAGGCAUGGUGUUGGGUUUAAGGUAACAAAAGGGAUCAUCUGGGAUUCUCUCUGGGCACCCCUGCAGUGCCUGGUGUGUGGGGGGGGGGAGUGAUGGCUGAUGGGGUAGCUUCUGCAUCCGCUAUGCUAAACGGUUAGCAAAAUGUAAGCACAUAAUUCUCAUGCAAAGGCACGCCGAUGUAUUAGCGCUUACGAAUUGAGUGAUGAAAUAUUUAUGAACGAGUGCUUAUGUAACUACGAACAAUCUGAUUGGCUGUUAAUUAGCCAUUUAGGGUGCACCUUUCACCAGUCUCGCCGCCCACUAAAGGAAGCUGACGACGACCUGCGAGUUGGAAUAUUGGGGUCUUAUUUUCCUGGGGAGGGCCUGUCCGGAGGGUGCGGGGCUUUUGCACUGUCAGCGUGAUGUAUGUUCACAGUGUGGGGGGGGGGGGGGUGUCUGGUCUUGUAGACUUGCUGCCUCCAUUGCAGCAGAACCUAAGCGAGGGUCUGGUGAAAAGCCCGCGUGAGCUGCUGUGUGCACUAACGCUUGGGUGUUGUAUUCGGCAAGUGAAAACACGACUUACGGAAUCACUCUGCUGGUUUAUCUGGGGAAUAAAAUGUUUUUUACACUGAUUGGCUAAACUGCACUUCUCUGUAAUGUGUGUUUCAUUGUUUAAAAAAA